AUAAAAGUGACAUUUGAGGUAUAGGGUUUUACUAAAAGGAACAAAAUGACCUACAUCAUUAAAAAGUGUUUUGCAUGGCAAUGGAGGAUUUAAGAAGUUGAGAGAGAUAAAGGUGGUUCAGUACAACAGCAACAGCCAGGAUCAGGGGUUCCUUGGAGUAGCAUUAAAGACUUCAUCCAGGACCAAAAUAAAAAAAAAAAGUAGAUUUAUAAGCAGAAAAGCUAGAUUGGUGCUUUGAUGAUUUGUAGUUGAAAAGAAGGAAAAAAAUGAUGGGUUUUGGUUUUCGGAUUGUUCACAUGAUUUUCAUCAUCAUUUUCAUGUUGCAAAGCUCCAACAUGUUGAUUGCUGAUGCUUUAAUGGAGGACAAUGUUGAGAAAGUUUCAGGCCAGGAUGAGAAUGAAGUGAAAGAAGCUUCAUUUGUGCUCAAGUUUAGAGCUUUACUUGGACUGAAAAGUGCCGAAACAAGAACUCUAAAUGGUGCUGGUGAAUGUCCCUCACCAUCUCCUUCUCCAUCACCUGACAUCGAAGCUGAAAUUUCUAUUCCGGCUCCGGCACCGUCUCCGGCUGAGCCGAAGCAUGCUGGUUUCCAUACUCGACCGCCUCGGUCAAGCGUGAAGCCACAACCUCUUAGAGUUGGUAAGGAAAGGGCUGAUAAAGGACGAGUUAAAAGAAUUCUGGUUCCAGUCCUCGUAACUGCGGGGGCUGUUUCUUUAGUUUGUGUUCUUGGAGUCCUUUGUUUUUGUGGCAAAAUCAAGAAGUACAAUAUGAAAUCAAUGCGAAAAGGGAAAAUCAAAGGUGAAUCCAAGUGUUUGGGUUCUCAAGAUCCUAGCCUUGAUCUCUUUAAUCUUGAUUCCUUGGGAGCGAGCUUGGAGCAGCAACAAGCUUGCUUGAAACAAAGUGGUGAGACUGAUAAAUCAUCACCGAGUCCAAGCGACGACCAUGUCGGUGCGCAAGAAUCCGGCAAUGGUUGUGAUUACUCGACGAGGGAGAUAAAGUCGGUCCACGAAGACGUCGAAUCGGGAAGAUUUGGUUCUGAUGGUGGGAAAUGUUCACCUCACAUUGAAUGCCAUUCAUCUGAUAAUGAAUCUUUUCAUUCCUUUGUUGAUUCCCAUUCACCAAAUGCUAGGCUUUCCAAUGCUUCAGCUGUUAGUCUUAAUGAUGACACAAAGAUAUCAGCCUCUCCUCCGCCACCUCCGCCGCCACCUCCUCUGCCUCCCGUCGUGCGCGUUUCUCCUUUAUAUUCUUCCUCGCCUGCAAUGACGACAACGACACCGAAAACUUCGAGUCCUUCUACAUUGCUCAAUGAAACAUCUUCAAGGAGUUCACAUUCCUCGUUAGGACUGGUUGACAGCCCGUUUUCACCUCGAAUACCUUCUAAUACGUUACCGAGUCCAUCGAGUAUUCCUCCACCACCGUGUCCGCCUCCAUUUCUUAAAGGUCCACCUCCCCCACCUGGACAGAACUCGCCAAUAGGCAAAGAUGGUGCUCCAUUGCCAAAAUUGAAGCCACUUCAUUGGGACAAAGUGAGAGCUGCACCAGACCGGUCUAUGGUAUGGGACAAGAUGAGAUCGAGCUCAUUCGAAUUGGAUGAGGAAAUGAUCGAAUCGCUUUUCGGAUACAACAUACAAAAUCCGAUGAAGAACGAUGAAGCAAAAAGCAAAACCCCUUCUCCGAGUAAGCAUGUACUUGAGCCCAAGAGAUUGCAGAACAUAACCAUUCUCUUGAAAGCACUGAAUGUGACAGCUGAACAAGCCUGCAAUGCAUUGAUGAAAGGGAAUGGAUUGGUUUUACAACAACUAGAAGCAUUAGUGAAAAUGGUACCCACCAAGGAAGAAGAGGAUAAGCUCUAUGGCUUCAAAGGAGAUAUCAACGAUUUGGGGUCGGCUGAGAAGUUCGUUAAAGUGCUUCUAAGCGUUCCGUUCGCCUUCUUACGCGCCGAAGCGAUGCUUUACUGCGAAACUUUCGACGACGAGGUGCUUCAUCUUAAAAGCUCAUUUUCAAUGCUAGAGGAAGCCUGCAAGGAACUCAGAUCAAGCAGGCUCUUCUUAAAGCUACUCGAGGCGGUACUCAAAACCGGCAACCGAAUGAACGUUGGGACGAUUCGAGGAGGUGCUAGAGCGUUCAAGCUCGACGCACUCCUCAAGCUUGCUGAUGUGAAAGGAACCGACGGCAAGACUACAUUGCUCCAUUUCGUCGUCCAAGAGAUUGUUCGUUCGGAAGGAGUACGAGCGUCCGAUAGCAUUAUGGGGAAGAUCAACCAGCGAAACAAUAGCAGAACACCCGAAGAGAAGGAAGAAGACUACAGAAGGAUGGGACUAGACCUUGUUUCGGGCUUAACUACCGAACUUUACCAUGUCAAGAAGACGGCGACGGUCGACCUCGAUGUUCUUGCCAGUUCCGUCUCGAACCUAUCCGAUGGCAAGGCUAAACUACAACAUCUAGUUCGAGUGGAGCUAUCGACGGACGAGAAAAGUGGGAAUUUCAUUCGUUCGAUGAAUUCCUUCCUGGACUAUGCAGAGAAGAAUCUAAAGGAGCUGGAAGAAGACGAACAUAGAGUCCUUCUACACGUGAGAGAAAUCACAGAAUAUUUCCAUGGUGAUGUGAGCAAGGUAGACGAAGCAAAUCCACUUAGGAUAUUCGUGAUCGUAAGAGAUUUUCUGGGAAUGUUGGAUCAUGUUUGUAAAGAGCUUAGAAACUUGAAAGUACCAACUAGUCCAAGCCCGUUGGCUCCUUUUCGAUAGGGGAUGAUGUGCUUAUUUGGUGUGUUAAUAAAAAAAUUGUC